AUGAGGGACACUAAAGGGGAAACAGUAACGAAUACGUUCAAAGUGGCAAUAGCAAAAAAUAAAAGCCCUUAUUUUAAACUCGACAACAGUGUAAUCCGGAUUAAUAAUAAAUUCGAUGUCGACGCCCCCACCCGGGUUCGCCAUCUGGUAGCUUUAAAGUUUAUAGUUUUUUUAUUUUUAAAAAUGUUGAUGCUGCUGGAGACUCCAGCAGGUUACGGUCUGUUUAAAGUAACGAACGAUAAGAUACUAGAAUGCAGUGCCGAUGAGGUUUCCAGGUAUUUUGAGGACUCCGAAACCGCUCGGUCAUCAGUGUGUCUCAGAUCAUUUAUGAAAUUCAAAAACAGUGAAGAUGCAGUCAACGAGGCUUCGUGCCUCAUGGAAUCGCGCCUGGGAAAGGGUCUGAAGAAAUUUUUAACCAAAAACAUAAUCAAGAAGGAGUUAACUGACGAACUGGCUAUCUGUGAUAAGCUGUUGGGCAUGGAAAUCCAGAAUAAGUUGGACAUAAAGGUGUGCUUUAACCCGACGACCUCUGAAAUAAUACGAGGUGUCCGUAUGCAGUUUCACGAGCUCGUGACCGGCCUCUCGGAGCAGGACACAAGGUCAAUGGCUCUGAGUUUAUCGCAUUCCCUGACACGAUUUAAGCUCAAGUUCAGCCCCGACAAGGUGGACGUGAUGAUUGUGCAGGCCAUAGGCCUCCUCGACGACCUCGACCGCGAGGUCAACAAGUUCGGAAUGAGGCUUAAGGAGUGGUACGGCUGGCACUUCCCAGAACUCGCCAAGAUCGUCCCCGACAACCUCAUGUACGCGAAGGUCGUGAAGAAGAUCGGAAUGCGAGAUAACGCAAAAAACUGCAGCCUCGGCGAGCUCCUGCCCGACGAGGCUGCCAGGGAGGUUGUGCAGGCCUCCGAGAUUUCCAUGGGGAGUGAGAUUUUCGAGGACGACCUCGAGUCUAUUUCCGAACUCGCCUCGCGCCUCGAGGAGCUCCUCGAGUACCGGGAGACGCUCGAGGAGUACCUCAAGUAUCGCAUGAGCGUGGUUGCUCCGAACCUGACGUACAUGGUGGGCGAGCUCAUCGGCGCCAGGCUCCUCUCUCACAGCGGCUCUUUGAUGAACCUGGCCAAGCACCCGGCCUCGACCGUGCAGAUCCUCGGCGCCGAGAAGGCUCUCUUCAGGGCCCUGAAGACUAAGUCGCACACUCCCAAGUACGGCAUUAUUUACCACGCCGGCCUCGUCGGCCAGUCCGCGCCGAAGCACAAGGGCAAGAUCUCCCGCAUACUCGCCGCCAAGCUCGCGCUCUGCGUGAGGGUCGACGCUCUGAAGGAGAACGACGGCCCGACGGUGGCCAUCGAGAAUAAGAAGUACGUGGAGAACAAGCUCGCUCAGCUGCUCUCUGAGGGCGAGGGUAAGCACAAGCUGGCCAGGCCUGGGUUACAGGAGCCCUCCAAGAGAAAGAAGGUGAACUAA